CUCAUCUCAAUGAAGUUGUUGAUCUAACCAAAUCUGCUUAUUGUUUUCGUCUGAAGGAGAAAACGCAAAUGGGACAACCAAGGCGAGGACGACGCAGCUACCAAAAAGGCCGCAUCUGAGGCGAGCAUUCACUCAAAGGAUGAAAACGGCGUUGCCGGCACAGCAACCGCCCCUAACGGCACUUCAUUCCAGUCAAAUGCCGAUGAAGCCGCAGCAGCUGCAGCCAUUGCUGCAGCCAGGAUAAAUGCAAUGUUGGUGGCGCAAGGCAAGGCACCUACGGAAACGGAAUCUACCAACGCUACGGUGGCCAAACCUCAGGAGCAUCCGCACCCUAUGACAGAUGCCGAGACAGCAGGCGGUAGUGCGCACAACAAUGGCGCUCCCUUUAAAGAGUCCAAGGAACGGGAUGAAUUCGUGGCGGAUAUCGACAUUAACGACGUCAAGCAUCGUUAUAUCCUCACAAAGGGAUCAGUUCAGACUCAGCUCCACCGCGAUACGGGAGCAGAUGUCACGACUCGCGGCAAAUUUUACCAGGAUCGGAGCAUGGCGACAGAAAAAGAACCACCACUUUAUCUUCACGUUACCGCAUUAACACAGGAGGAACUGGAUAAUGCGGUCCAAAAGAUUAAUGAGCUUAUUGAGGAAGCACAGAACCCGCCACCACUUCCACCACAGCGGGAUUCAUUUCAGCCGGGCUCGAGAGGUUUCGGAGGACCACCACCUAGACAUCAAUCUUUUCAUGCUCGCGUCGCCAUUGGAAUCGAUUCGGACAGAAUGUUCAAUGUGAGGGCGAAAAUUGUUGGCCCAGGUGGGCAGUAUGUGAAGCAUGUGCAAAACGUGACGAGGACGCGUGUCCAGCUCAAAGGACAGGGCUCUGGGUAUUUGGAAGUAGAUACUGGCCGCGAAUCGGACGAGCCAUUGUACAUCAACAUCCUUGGAAAUAAUCAGGAGGAGGUUGACGAGGCAGAACGACUCUGCAAGGACCUUGUUGAGACAGUGAGGGGCGAGUACGAAAAGAUGAAGAGUCGACCGCCCAUGCACCAAGAGCCCUAUGGCCAUAACAGGACCUAUAGUGACCGAUCUGUAAGUCUCUUUAUAAUGACUACCAGCUCUUUUUCGGCCAUGUGGUUGAAGUGAUACUGAUGCACUCUUGUUCAUUAGAGCUACUAUAAUGGUGGGCAGUAUGGGAGAUACCAGGGAGGACAUCAGCAGUAUCAUAACCAGCCGCCCAAUCAUCAGUACGGUUACAA